AUGAAGGCAGAGUUUGGACAAAACACAGACAGUGGUCUGAAAUGUGUGGUUCUUGGUGUGGAGUACUUUAUCCUAAGCAUCUUAACUCUUUUAUUUUUGGCAAAUGUUCCAGGAGAUGAUUGGCACUGCUUGCGACGGGAAGACUGGAUCGGAGUGCCAGCUCUUGCACUCUUCAUGAGUUCCCUAGAGUUCUGCAAUGCAGUUAUUCAGGUAGCUCACCCUCUGGUGCAGAAGCAGCUGGUUGAUUAUAUCCAUAAUGGUUUCCUGGUGCCUGUCAUGGGCCCUGCCCUGCACAAGACCUCUGUGGAGGAGAUGAUUGCUAGUACCGCCUAUCUGGAACUUUUCCUACGGAGCAUCUCAGAGCCUGCUUUGCUCCGUACCUUCCUGCGAUUCCUGUUGUUACACCGGCAUGACACCCACACCAUCCUUGACACCCUUGUCGCCCGCAUUGGCAGCAACUCCCGGCUUUGCAUGGUCUCUCUGAGUCUCUUCAGGACCCUUCUGAACCUCAGCUGUGAAGAUGUUCUGCUUCAGCUGGUUCUCAGGUAUCUUGUCCCAUGUAACCAUGUGAUGCUGAGCCAGAAGCCAGCUGUGCGUGAUGUGGAUCUUUAUGGACGAGCAGCUGACAAGUUUCUCUCCCUAAUCCCUCGCUGCUGUAGGCACCAUGCCCCCAGCCCACCUCGUCCAGAGCAUGCCUCAUGGGCACGAGGUGGGCCUAGCAGAGAGGAAGGGAGAAGGGAGGACAUCACGGGCCCUGGAAGCCCAAGCGUUGAUUCUUCUUCAGUGGUAACAGUGCCUCGUCCCUCCACACCAUCCCGCCUGGCUCUGUUUCUUCGGCAGCAGAGCCUAGGUGGCUCUGAGUCCCCAGGUCCAGCUCCUCGCUCACCAGGGCUUACUGCAUCCCCAACUUCCAGCCCUAGCCGACGGCCUAGCCCUGCAGAGGAGCCUGGUGAGCUAGAAGACAAUUAUCUGGAGUAUCUUCGUGAGGCACGCCGUGGUGUAGACCGCUGUGUCCGAGCCUGCCGAACCUGGUCUGCCCCUUAUGAUGGCGAGCGGCCCCCUCCUGAGUCUAACCCUCUUGCCUCUCGGACUAAGAAACGCAGCCUACUGCCUGAGGAGAUCAAAGACAAUGUGGGAGAAGGGGAGGAGGAAAAUCUAGGGAGUCGGGGGCUAGCUGUGGGUGUAGGGGAUACCCAUGGCCACCUACCCCUACCGCAGCUCAAUGGGGUACCAGGGCCAUGGCCAGAGGGAGCCAAGAAGGUUCGUUUGGUUCCACGAUUGGUGCCACAGGAAGGAGUUAGGGAAUUAUUAGAGGGUACCUCUGAGGGCAUGGCAGGACUAGAGAGCUUUGGGCAAGAGCUCCGGGAGCUGGAGGUGGCAUUGAGCAAUGGUGGAGCUAGCUCAGAGCCUCCCCUAGAGCCUCCACUACCUCCUGAGGAGGAGGAGGCCUACGAGAGCUUCACCUGCCCUCCUGAGCCCCCUGGCCCCUUCCUCAGCAGCCCUCUGCGGACUCUCCACCAGCUGCCAAGCCAGCCCUUCACUGGCCCCUUCAUGGCUGUGCUCUUUGCCAAACUCGAGAACAUGCUGCAGAACUCCGUCUAUGUCAACUUCCUGCUGACGGGGCUGGUGGCCCAGCUGGCCUGUCACCAGCCCCUGCUCCGCUCUUUCCUGCUCAACACCAACAUGGUCUUCCAGCCCAGUGUCAAGUCCUUGCUGCAGGUGCUGGGCUCUGUGAAGAAUAAGAUUGAGAGCUUUGCAGCCUCCCAGGAGGACUUCCCUGCUCUGCUAUCCAAAGCCAAGAAGUACCUCAUUGCUCGUGGCAAGCUGGACUGGGCUGAGGGUCCUACAGCAGGACCUGUUCCCCGCCGCUCUGAUUCUCUAGUGAGGAGCCGGAGGCCAUCCUUGGGGGAGUUACUCCUGCGGCAUGCACACAGUCCAACCAGGGCCCGGCAGGCGGCACAGGUUCUUCAACCUGGGCGAGAAGGAACAGGACUUGGACUAGGUGGGGGCUCUCCAGGGGCUUCAACUCCAGUUCUGCUCCCCCGGGGCGGGGCUUCUGAACGCCAAGGUGAGGCUCUGCGAGUCAAGAAUGCUGUCUACUGUGCAGUCAUUUUCCCUGAGUUUCUCAAGGAGUUGGCUGCCAUCUCCCAGGCCCAUGCUGUCACCUCGCCUUUCUUGUUGGAUACUUCAGAGGAUGUAUCUGUCCCUCCCGUCUCAGGCUUUGGGUCCCUCAAUCCUUAAUUUUCUUCCAUGGACAAUCAGGGCCUUCUGUGGCCUGGGCCGAUUUCCAGGACAUGGGCUCCUUUUUAUGUUUGGAGGCAGUGACAAAUGGACUUUUUAAUUUAUUUCAGAUGAAUGUUUUAUGAGAACUUGUUGCAAUAUGUAUAAAAGGGAAAUCUCUAUUCUGUGCUCA